UCCAUGAUCUUGCUUUUCGACCCGCCCUUCUCAUUUGAAAGAAAGAAGCCUUCAAGGAGAAUACUUUCUUCUGCUGCCCGUCAUCCGGAAUUCUAGAACUUAGGUUUGCCCGAGCUGGCCUUGGGAAGAGUUAGAGGGACGGACAAAGAGGAAGGGCAACCGGAAGGUUUCCGAGAGAGCGCCGGAAGUACAAUCCUGGGCUGUGUCCGACUCAGACUCUCGUCCCACUCCUCGCGAUCUGGCUGGCGGAAACCAACACCAGAGACCUGAGUCCAGGCGUCCAAGUCGACGCUACUGUCGUGACCAGUGGCAAGUCCCAUUUCGGUGCUUCCGCAGGCUCAGUCUUUAAGUGAGCCGAACACGAGCCUCUCGGCGUCGGCCUGGAAAUCGGAGGCUGCUUUAGCCUGUGGAAGCCGAGGACUGGAGAUAUAAGGCUGCUCAUCUUCAAAGCAGUCCUGGCUUCUGAGACUGCCAUCCAAAGAACUCGGGAGGAGAAGCUGACAGUAUCUGAAUCCCUAGCCACCCUGGAGAGCACUCAGCAUGUCUCAGGCCACCAAGAGGAAGCAUGUGGUGAAGGAGGUGCUGGGGGAGCACAUGGUACCCUCUGACCAGCAGCAGAUUGUGAGGGUACUCAGGACCCCAGGGAAUAAUCUGCAUGAGGUGGAGACAGCCCAAGGGCAGCGCUUCUUAGUGAGCAUGCCCUCCAAAUAUCGAAAGAAUAUUUGGAUCAAGAGAGGGGAUUUUCUCAUUGUUGACCCCAUUGAAGAGGGAGAAAAGGUGAAGGCUGAGAUCUCCUUUGUGCUCUGCAAGGACCACGUGCGCUCUCUGCAGAAGGAUGGGCUCUGGCCUGAGGCCUUCUCUGAAGUGACUGAGAAACACAAUAACGACAGGAACAGACAGACUCAACCAGAACUUCCAGCUGAGCCACAGUCGUCAGGAGAAGAGUCUGGUUCUGAAGACGAUUCUGACCUCUUUGUUAACACCAAUCGCAAACAGUAUCAUGAGAGUGAGGAGGAGAGUGAAGAGGAAGAGGCAGCCUGAGACCCCAGGAUUCACUUCUCCACUUGCUCAGGGACAAGUGCCCGGCUCCUGUGGGCUUGGACAUUCCCAGGGUGCCAUGCAAAUCUUCUCCCCUGGAUGGGGACAAGGCAGGGCUCCUCUCUAAACUGACCUUCUGACCUAGGAGAAUUAAACCCCUGGUGGGUGGUGA